GAUGAAAGUGGGUCCGCUGUUUUCCGGCUGUUGUGGACAAGAGAUGGCAAUUUUGACAACCGGCCAGGUGCAGUGUUCCAACCCAACCACUUUGUCCCCGUCAUCCAGUGCCAAAGUGCCCCAAGGCCUCCAACCUUAAUGAGCGGCGCACUACCAACCCAAAAAGACAGGACCCCACUGGUAGGAAAGUCAAGAGCCAUUUCAUCUUUCUUUAAACCCACAUCCAAAGCAAGUGCCACCAAGAGAACCGCUACCGAAGCUGUCGUAAACUCCAACGAGAGUAGCUGCUGUGCGAAAUUACCCAAGACCUCUUCUGUAACCAGAAAGUUUCAAGAUUCUUGGGAAAACGAGUUUCCAUGGGUGAUCUAUGACCCUGAGGCGAACAAAAUGUUUUGCGAUUUGUGUCGCAAAGCUGGCUCAAAAAUUGCUGGUAAAACUGAAUUUGUCACUGGCUCAAAGACAAUAAAAAAGGAGACACUCAAAAAGCACGGUGAGAGCCAUGGCCAUCUACGCGCACAGGAUUUCGUGAUCAACGAACAGAAACCACUCACAAAAAGACCAAUAUUCAAAGGGCUUAAGAAGGCAGCUGAGAAGAUAGAUGAGCAGGCCUACAAAGAAAUGUCAGUAAAAAUGAAUACUGCAUACUUCAUUGCAAAAGAAGAACUUCCUUUCACUAAGUUCCCGGGCCUUCUUCAGCUUCAGCAGAAAAACGGGAUUCAAAUAACCAACACCUAUUCAAAUGACAUAAAAUGUGCAGAAAUGGUUGCAACAGUGGGCACACUGAUAAAAGAGGGAAUUGCUGAAAACCUUCGCAAUGAAGUGCGUUACAUUUCAGUUAUGAUUGAUGGAGCCACAGAUGCCUCCAGCACCGAAAACGAAACUGUGUAUGCGAGGUGUUUGGGUACUGAUGGCCGACCAGUCAAUCGCAUGGUAGGACACAAACCUGUAGAGCAUGCCCACGCUGAUGGUAAGCUUUAACGUACACUGCACAUUUAUUAGUGACCUAACAAAAAAGAAGCUAUCGAGUUGUCAACAUUUUUCUUCGACAUAAUUAAUAUUCUUGGACAAAAAAAUCAGAACUAUAAAAGUCUCUGCUAAAUUCCUAGCAACCAUUUUUGUGAUACCGCUUAGUUUCACAUUCUUUUUUUGUGAUUGAUGUUUAAAAGCUUACCGGUGUAUCAACGAUAAAACUUUUGAUACUUUUUGUUUAAUUUUCGCAGGUCUUCUUCAAGUUGUCGACAACUGCUUUUCGGACCUUGGAGUGAAGGAGUGGAAAAAGAGCACAAUAGGGUUUGGAGCAGAUGGCGCGUCAGUGAAUCUGGGAAAGCGACGAGGUGUUGCAUCAAUACUCAAACGUGAAGUCCACCACCUCAUUGACAUCCAUUGUCUUCCCCAUCGCCUGGAACUAUCAAUGCUGGAAAUGCAACAACAGUGCAAAUAUGUUAAAGAGGUGUACGACAUAUUGCAUUUGGUGUGGAAGACCUAUCAUUUCAGUCCUAAGAGCAAAAGGGAGCUAACAGCUUUGGGAAACGAGCUUGGUCUGGAUGUUCUGAAGCCUAGGCCAGUGAAGGGUUCCAGGUGGCUUCCCCAUGUCAGUGGUGCAUUGAGAGUCUUCAUCAAGCCUGUAAAGGAUGGAAGCAUUCGCUCAGAUCCUGCGCAAUAUGCUGCCGUCCUUGCACACAUGGAGCAUCUUGCUACAACAUCAGCUAAUGCAGAUGUCAAAGGAAGAGCCAAGUUCAUUGCAAAAGCUAUGAAGAAAGCAUCUCUUGUGACCUUUUGUCACUUUCUGUCUGACUUGUUUGAUGUUCUCAGCAAGCUCAGCUUUCAUUUCCAAAGAAAUGAUCUCAUUCUGCCAUCUGCUGUAUCCCUUUUAGAGGAGGCUCUAUCCAGUAUCUCUCUUCUUGCCAAGCGACCUGUAAGAGGAGGAAGACUGCAGGCUUUUCUCGGUAGCCUGUCAACCUCAGACAGCUGUUCAUUGUUUCAAGGGAUUACUCUCUCUGGCGAUCUAAGUGGUAUAACUACUGAAGAGAUCGAUGAAAAGGCUGGCGUAGGUGCCCAGAUAAAACAGGCAACAGAUCUUUGUUUGUCUGGUUUGAGGGCACGAUUUGGUGCCCUUCUACAAGCCCCUGAUAAGAUUGCUACCCCUGGUCCCAACCAAGUAGUUAAAGAUCUCCUGGUCUUUAACCACGACGCGUGGCCCACAGCUCAAAGUGAGCUUAUUGAUUUUGGCCAGGAGGCAAUUAUGCGUCUCUCGACUUGGUUUCAACCAGCGCUGGAGGACAAAGGCUGCAUCAUUGCAGCCAUUCUACCCCAGUGGACAUCUCUCAAGGUGCUAGUCAGUACCCAGUUCAAACGCAAAGGGUACCUGGAUCUGUGGGCCACCCUUUUGACCAAAGUACCUUACAGAGAUGACCAUAAAGAUGUCCUACACUUAGUUGAAAUCCUCAUGGUCCUUCCCAUAUCAGCUGCCCAGUGUGAAAGGGCUAUCUCGACCCAAAACAGAAUCAAAAACGAUUCACGAUCUAGUCUGGGUGGAGAAAACCUGGAGCAUUUAAUGAGAAUUUCGCUGGAGGGCCCAACCCUGGUGGAUUUUGAUCCAGUUUCAGCAGUUAAGGCCUGGUUUUCUUCCUCAAAAAGACCACGACGACCUUUCCCUAAAUCAUGAAGAUUGCUGUUUAUGCGAGUGAAAGACACUGUUUAGUGAAGAGAGCCUUGCUUUUAGUCAUUGACAUAAUUGGCCAUUUCAAAGUCUGUACAAUUGAAGUUUCAAAUAGAGCAGCUACUUACUGAGCACUCACAAUGAGAACAUGUUUUCUUACCGUAAUUAUGAGUUUAAUUUAAUAAGACUACAGCUUAAUAGCUGUAUUACUUUUUUUCGCGGGAUAAUUUUUAAUUUUCAAUGAAUUGUAAUUGCCAGUGAAAACGAUUUGGAAGUUUUAAUAGAAGAAUAAGUUUGGUUUAUGUUAGAUUUCUGAUAUUAGAUUUCUUUUACACGGUCAUUUGACGUGGUAAUUAAAUAUUGUUGAAAAUCCGUUGUCAUUUUCGAUACAUUGAUUAGAUGCAGUUCACUAAUUUCAGGACAAUUUUUAUGCUGGAAUUUUGCUCAUGGCCUCCGUGAACUCGGUCACAAAGGCAGUAUUUUGCAAGAUAUCUUCUCUGUUCAGAAGCAAAUAAAAGCAGUGUUACUCGACAUGGAUUAUAAGUUACCCUAUACACUUGUCAAUACGGUAAAACAUUGUCUUGGCUGAACAAUACCAUUUUUAAGCCCAAAUUAAUUAUUAACCAAUUAUUAAAACUUUAUUAUUAACAUAUAUUUUGGCGCCUAAAAUCCUUUGGCGACUAAACCUAAAGAGUUGGUCGCCAAAUGGCCACCAAAAGAAAAAUUUAACUUUGAGGGUUGAAUAAAGUCACUCAUAAGCUGUUGGACAAGAAUAGAUCGUGGUACAGACCCUCCCAUGCAAACAGGGACUCUGGUAGGGGUCGUGCAGGUUUUAGAGGCUCAUCCUUUCGAGGACGAGGUUCAACCAACCGUCCUUUUUUAAGGCCAUCCAACCAAUACCGCACAACAACCUACAGCAAGCCAAGACACAACCAGGAAACACCCAAGAACUAA